AGUAUCCAUUCAUUACUGGCUACUUACUGCCCACUGGGUCUAAACUUCUGCUGCAAGAGUCAAUACACCUUGGCCGUGUCGCUGAUGUCCGCAUAGAAGAGUGAGGCGACGAUCACGAGCGAAUGAAAGCAUAAAUCGCUCUCUGCAAGCACGUACCAUCCGCCGAGAUCCCCGAAGACCAGGCACCUAAGUCAGCACACCUUCGCCCGGCAAACAGCCGCAGUCCGCUGCGAUCAUGAAGUUGGACGCGACUGAUCUGCGAUAUAUCACGUCUGAAGAAUUCAAGGUCUUGAAGGCUUUUGAACAAGGGUCAAAGAACCAUGAGAUUGUUCCCUCUGCGCUUAUCGCGCAGAUAUCUGGGCUGCGACAUUCUGGACUGAACAAGCUCAUGGGCUCUCUGGCGAAACGCAACCUCAUCGCUAGAGUUCAGAAUGCGAAAUACGACGGAUAUAGACUCACAUAUGGAGGCUACGACUUUCUUGCCGUGAGGGCCCUGAGCAAGGAUGAUAGCAUCGAGGCUGUCGGCCAUCAGGUCGGCGUAGGCAAGGAGAGUGACAUUUACAUUGUAUCCGGCCCGGAAGAAGAUCAGCGCAUUCUCAAGAUUCAUCGACUCGGUCGUAUCAGCUUUCGUAAGGUCAAAGAGAAACGUGACUACAUGGGCAAGCGAAAAAGUGCAAGCUGGAUGUAUCUCAGUAAGCUUUCUGCCAUGAAGGAAUUUGCAUUCAUGCAGAUCUUGCAUUCGCACGGAUUUCCUGUGCCGAGGCCAAUUGCUCAGUCACGUCACUGCAUCGUGAUGUCAUACAUUUCCAAUGCCUAUCCCCUUCGUCAAGUCGCAGAGUUGCCCCAAACGCAAGUCGGUCCCCUAUACUCAAAACUCAUGAAACUCAUUGUGCGCUUUGCACGGGCAGGUCUCAUACACGGAGACUUCAAUGAGUUUAACUUGAUGAUCAAGGAGGUCGAGGCAGACGAUCGAGAAACCGAACACGAGUGCCACACCCAAUACAAGGAUGACACCGCAGCCCGCACUGAAGAGCAGUCUUCAGAUCCUCGGCGAUUGCCUCUGCAGGCGAGUGACCAUGAGCGAAUAGAAGAGGGCCGAGGCUUUCAACGCCUCGUUUUGGCGCCCCAAGCCCAGGCGAUCGAGGACGCACCGUCGCAGAAAAGGUUGCAAGGCGAAGAGGACGGGAGCUCUGAUGAAGAGUGUGAUGAUGAAGGAGGGGAGCGUGUGACAUUCGACGAUGGCACCGAGAUCGAGCCCAUCGUCAUCGACUUUCCGCAAAUGAUUAGCGUCGAACAUGAGAACGCUGAAUACUUCUUUGACCGAGACGUACAAUGCGUCCGGCGAUUCUUCCGCAAGCGCUUCCGCUACAUUUCAGAAGAGUACCCAAGGUUCCGAGAUGUUGUGCCGGUCGACCGUGCAAAGCGACGCGAGGUCGCUGCUGCUGCACUGCGUGCAAAAGGAAAGGUCCUGAGUGUUGACGAUGAAGAGAGCCAAAUAGCUGAUGAAGAUAAGGAUCCUGGCAUCGAUCCUGGGAUUGAAGACGAAAGGGACCCGGAGCUUGGAGAGGUGCUAGAGCUGGAUGCGCUUGUCAAGGCGAGUGGAUUCGGAGCUGGCGGGAGAUUAGAGAGAGAUCUGGAAGAGCACAUGCGACAGCUUCGACUUGCAGGUAAAGCCACAGUGUCAGAGUCGGACGAAGAAGACGAUGAUGAUGAUGAUGGUGAUGAUGACGAGGAAGAAGGAUCGGACAGCGAGGACGGAGAGCACGAAGGCGAGCUUAGCGAAGGAGAAAGCCUGGAUGAAGAUGGGUCACACUCAGCGUCCGAAAAUGACAGCAAACCACGACGUCGACCUGCUGUCCUCCCUUCACGUGGCGCAGCAGAGAAAGCAGCGGCGGAAGGAGACCAGCGUCUCAUCGCGAUGCGCGUUGCAGCGGAGAGGGCAAGGAAAACGCUCAAGGCCGAAAAGCAUCAUGGGAAGAAGGCACAUGCUGGCAAGACUGGCCGAGCACACCCUGGUGGCAAAGCUAAGAGCGAUGUCGUCAAGAACGCCAUGUCCUUCUGAUCGCAGCUUACAGCCAAUGCUUUCCGUCCAAUUCAUCAGCGACUUUCCCUAGUGCCGUGCGCUUGCAAGUUUGGCGCAGACCGGUGAUCUAUUGACUGUGUAGCCUACUUCACUCUAUUGCAAUAUGUUCACAUCAGCAAA